AUUUCGGGAAACUCCUCUCCCUCCAAAGAGCUCCAAAAUUCUCGAAAACACCUCGCGACGCGGAAGGAGGCAGUUGCGAAGAUUCUGGAACCUUCGGGAGCUAGGGUUUCCGGGAUGGAGCCCGAGGAGGCGGAGGCCGUGCUGGAGACCAUCUGGGACCUCCACGACAAGGUCAGCGACGCCAUCCACGCCCUCUCCCGCGCGCACUUCCUGCGCGCGGUCCGCCGCCACAGCAAGCCCGCGGAGGGCCUCGUGCGGGUCAAGGGCGGCGACGGCGUCGACGAUGAGGCGGCCGCGCUGGACGCGGUGGCCGAGGAGGCGAGGAGCCUCCACGCCAUCCGCGCCGCGCUCGAGGACCUCGAGGACCAGUUCGAGUGCUUCCUUGCUGUCCAGUCACAGCAACAAGCAGAACGAGAUAUUUCACUAGCAAGGUUGGAGCAAAGUCGUAUUAUGCUUGCAAUAAGAUUAAAUGGACACCGUGGGGUGAAUAAGAAAAUUAUAGAUGAAGCUUUGGAUUUCGUGCGCAAUGUCUGCCACGGUGUAUGGCCUUCUCUGUCAAUAAACAAGCCUGCGAAACUAGGAAGCCAUUCUGGUGCUGACAGCAAAAAUGCCAAUUUCCUGGGGCAGAUGGUAGCUUCUAGCGUUGCUUUGGCUAGGAACAGUUUCAGUAUCAAAACCCUUGGUGGAUUAUUGGGCCAUACUGGAGUGUUAGCUAUUGGCAUGAUAACACUGCUGCAGUUACAUUGGUUAUCCUCCGGACAACAGAGCCCAUCAACUUGUAGAUACAGCUACAAGAUGAUCAGCCAAGAGAGUUCAUCACAGUUUGAAACAGCUAUGGAUACCAGAAUAAGUGAUCUCGAUGUGUUCUUAGCAAGAGGUUGAGGGGUCAUGUUGUUUGUACAUGUUUCCUGUAGUAUGUACUCGUAGGAUAUCAUGGCAUUUGUGCUCUUCUGCUCAUAGAAUUGUCAGUUUAGGUACCUAUCGCAUUCGCUUAGGAGUAGAUUUGUAGCCUGUUAUCAUCUCUUGUCGUUGUAAGGGAACACUGUAUUUGAUGUUUUCGUAUUUGUGGGCGUGGUGUUUAAUCCGUUUCUUGAUAA